AUGAAGGGCGCCACGAAGGGCGCCACGGACGUGCUCAACUUCCCCGGAGGAGGAGGGGCUACUGCCGGCGGUACGAUGACGAGCAGCGGCUCCUCCUCGUCCACGUCGGCUCCGGUGGCCACGGGUGGUGGCGCCAGCAGGGGAGGGCCCGGGAUCUCCGGUGGCGCAUCUUGCAGCGAAAGAACCAGGCUACGGGGAUCUGGAUCUGGGGGUUUCCAAAUGGUCAAUGCGAAACGGCGCAAUUUGGGGGCGCAGGACCAGGUCGCGUGCCGGCUGAGACGUUUGCUCGAGCCGAGGGAAAGUGGCGACCUGAUACCGGAUGGAGUGGGUUGGGUGGGACGGAAGGGUGGGUGCGUCUCGGGUCGGACGGCUGGUUCUGCUCCGGCUACAGACUAA